AUGAAGGAGGACCAGCUCAUUGCAUAUUGGCUUUGCUUCUGUGACGACGAAUCUCGGGAUUGCUCGCAAGUUCUCCCCGAUCCCAGGCAGAAACGUGAUAGAAUCACUGGGAAGCUCAGUUUCUGCUAUCUCACGUUCAAGGUCAUGAAUGUAAACCGUCAAACCCCAGAACAUUCUACCAUCUUCACACUUCCCCUCCCCCUCCCCCACUUCGAAGAUCUGGACGAUGUGGGAAAGGACAGCUAUCAUCAUACCUUCUUUGAGAUGCUUGGUAACUGGAGUUUUGGCGACUACUUCAAGAAGGAAGCGAUCAAUUACUCUUGGGAACUCAUGACAAAGAUAUACGGAUUGGAUCCUCAACGGCUAUAUGUUACCUACUUCGAGGGGAGCAAGGAGGGUGGCCUCUCACCCGACCUGGAAGCCAAGGAGCUAUGGAAAGCAGUGGGUGUUCCGGAAGACCACAUUCUUCCUGGGAAUAUGAAAGACAAUUUCUGGGAAAUGGGUGAUCAGGGCCCCUGUGGACCUUGCAGCGAAAUCCACUAUGACAGGAUUGGGGGCCGCAAUGCCUCCAACCUCGUCAAUCAGGAUGAUCCCAAUGUUCUUGAGAUCUGGAAUAACGUUUUCAUCCAGUACAACCGUGAGUCAGACCGGUCUUUGAAGCCCCUCCCGAAUAAGCAUGUCGACACUGGCAUGGGCUUUGAGCGUUUGGUCUCGGUACUCCAAAAUAAGUCAUCAAAUUAUGACACCGAUGUGUUUUCUCCGUUAUUCCAAACCAUUAAGGACAUCACUGGAGCACGGCCGUAUCAGGGACGAUUUGGUGUUGAAGAUGCGGACGGAAUCGACACGGCCUACAGGGUUGUAGCAGAUCAUGUUCGAACCCUGACAUUUGCCAUUUCAGAUGGCGUCGCACCGAAUAACGAGGGCCGUGGCUAUGUGAUUCGUCGGGUUCUUCGCAGAGGUGCACGGUAUGCCAGAAAAUACUUCAGGGUCGAAAUUGGCAAUUUCUUUUCCAAGAUCGUACCGACCCUUGUGGAUCAGAUGGGUGACAUGUUUCCAGAGGUCAAGCGGAAACAGCAAGACGUUAUGGAAAUACUUGACGAGGAAGAGAUUUCGUUUGCAAAGACUCUGGAUCGUGGUGAAAGGCAAUUCGAACAUUAUGCUCAGCAAGCUAAGGCUAAGGGAGACGAUAAGCUCCACGGUGCUGAUGUUUGGAGAUUGUAUGACACUUUUGGCUUCCCUGUCGACUUGACUCGUAUUAUGGCAGAGGAACGUGGCCUACGAAUUGACGAUACUGAGUUCGAGGAGGCUCGCUCAAGAGCUAAGGAAGCAAGUAAAGGACAGAAAAAAGCUGCCGCCGACACCGUCAAACUGGAUGUUCACGAUCUUGGAAAAUUGGAGAAAAUGAAUGACGUUCCCAAAACGAACGACUCGGCCAAAUUCGAUAGAGGGAACAUUACUGCCCAGGUCAAGGCGAUCUACCAUGGAAAAUCCUUCCAUCUUUCAACGGAGCAGAUACCCGAGGGUGACCAACUUGGGCUUAUACUCGAUCGCACGAAUUUCUAUGCCGAGCAAGGCGGACAGGAAAAUGACACAGGUAGAAUUGUCAUUGACGGACAGGCUGAGCUUGAAGUUGGCGAUGUCCAGCUUUAUGCUGGUUAUGUCCUUCAUACUGGCUUCAUGAAGUAUGGUUCUCUGUCUGUUGGUGAUGAAGUCAUUUGUGAAUACGACGAACUUCGUCGGUGGCCCAUCAGAAAUAACCACACAGGCACGCAUAUUCUUAAUUUCGCGCUGAAAGAGGUACUGGGAGAUGGUGUGGAGCAGAAGGGCUCACUUGUUGCUGCUGAGAAGCUUAGGUUUGAUUUUUCUCAUAAAUCUCCGGUCACAGAUAAAGACCUGGAAAGGAUUGAGGAUAUAUCGACCGAGUAUAUUCGCCAGAAUUGCGCCGUCUACUCGCAGGAGGUUCCUCUCGCAACUGCCCGACAGAUCUCAGGAGUUAGAGCCGUGUUCGGUGAGACCUAUCCAGAUCCUGUUCGUGUUGUGUCUGUAGGCGUGGAGCUGGAGGAGAUCCUCAAGAAUGUUAAGGACCCUCGUUGGGAAAAAGUUAGUAUUGAGUUCUGUGGCGGAACUCAUGUGCAAAAGACAGGCGACAUUAAGGAGCUCGUUAUUCUGGAAGAGAGCGGCAUUGCCAAAGGCAUCCGCAGAAUUAUUGCAGUUACCGGAGAGGAUGCUCAUGAAGUGCAGCGCGUCGCUCUGGGAUUCGAGAAGCGUUUGGACCGUCUUGAAGCAAUGGCCCUAGGUCCUGAGAAAGAACAGGAUGCCAAGCAAAUUCAAGUCGACCUUAGCCAGUUAUUAAUCUCAGCAGUUCAAAAAUCGAGGUUCCGUGAACGUUUUGCACAUAUCAACAAGCAAAUCAUUGAUUCGCAAAAAGCGCAGCAAAAGCUUGAAUCGAAGAAGGCGCUCGAGGCAAUUACUUCAUACUUCGAAAACCCUGAGAACAAAGACAAGUCGUGGCUUGUUGCUAGGCUUCCAAUUUCAGCAAAUGCAAAAGCUGUUAGCGAAUCCCUGAACCACGUGAAGUCGAAGCUACAGGAUAAAACGGUUUACGUCUUGGCCGCGGACUCUAACCAAGGUCGUGUCGUCCACGGCUGCUAUAUGUCAAAGGGAGCUUCCGCUAGCGAUUGGGCGGCUAUUGUUUCUACUGCGGUUGGUGGAAAGGCUGGUGGCAAAGGGCCCACGUCUAUUGGCAAUGGUACUAACCCAGACAAAACUGACGAAGCUAUUGCCUUGGCUUCUGAUUAUCUUAGCAAGUUUAAGCUUUAA